GGGCUGCGCCGCCGGCACCUGCGGGGCUCCGCGGCGGCAAAUGGUGGGGCCGGACGAUGGCGGAGCUCCGGGCGGUGCGGCCGUGCUUCCCGCGGGCCGGCAGGAGGCGGCGGCGGAGGAGGAGGCAGAGGAGGAGGACGGGGAGCGGGAUGGGAGCCGGGGCCUGAGCCGCGGGAGCGGCGUGCCGGCGGCGGGGCGGGAGCGGCUGCUGCAGCGGUACCUGGCGGCGCUGGGCCCGGCGGCGGGCGGGCGGCGCUGCCCCGAGAAGGCCGCCAACGGGGCCGCCUGCGCCGUGGGGCCCCGCGGGAGGAUGACCAACGGGGACGCCGGCUUCCUGCUGCCGGGCGGGCCGCCGCCUCGGGAGGAGGGCGAGGAAGAGGAAGCGAAGCUGCACAACGGGGGCUUCCUCCUCUGCCCGCCUGGCCCGGGGGGCGGCACCGCCGCGGGCGCGGCGUUGGAGGAGCCGCUGCGGAGCUGCUGCCUGCGGGGCGAGGCGGGAGGCAGCCCCCCCAGCGGCCCCGCCGCCCCCGCCUUCACGGACGUGAGCCUGAACUCUCGCAACACGUACGAAGUAAGCCGCCGCCGCAGUGCCCCGGAGCACCUGCCUCCCGCCCCGGAGCCGCCGCAGGAACCGGCCGAGAGGGCACGGCGGGCGGGCAUCGCCGGUGCCGGGAGCAGCUUGGCCGAGUUCUUCACCAGAAACUUUUUCACUAAAAGGACAAAGGAACUCAAACCUGCUGUCCAAAGUGCUCCUGGCUGGAAGUUGUUUGGAAAAGUGCCCCCCAGGGAAAACCUUCCAAAAGACUCCAAAAUAAUUCAGCAGGAUGACAGUUCUGGCAGUCUUGCGUCAAUAUCUGCUCUCAGUCUGUUAAACACAGGGGAAUAUGAAGCACGGACAGGAAGAAUGUAUAAGCCUCCACCUCCAUCAGCAAGACGUAAAAACAUUGAGUUUGAGCCACUUUCAACUACAGCUUUGAUUCUGGAGGAUCGACCAGCAAAUCUUCCUGCCAAAUCAGUGGAAGAGGCUUUGCGUCACCGGCAAGAAUAUGAUGAAAUGGUGGCAGAGGCAAAAAAGCGAGAAAUUAAAGAAGCACAUAAAAGGAAGAAAAUAAUGAGAGAGCGUUUCAAGCAAGAAGACAAUAUUGCUAGUGCUAUGGUGAUUUGGGUCAAUGAAAUACUACCUAACUGGGAAGGCAUGCGUGCUACCCGGAGAGUUCGAGAGCUGUGGUGGCAGGGAUUACCACCAAGUGUUCGUGGGAAGGUGUGGAGUCUAGCAGUGGGAAAUGAGUUAAAUAUCACUCCUGAACUCUAUGAAAUCUUCUUAUCUAGAGCUAAAGAACGAUGGAAAAGCUUCAGUGAAACAAAUUCUGAGAAUGAUGUAGAAGAUGUUAGUGCAUCUGUUGCUGAUCGUGAGGCCAGCCUGGAGCUAAUUAAGUUGGAUAUAUCACGCACAUUUCCAUCCCUGUAUAUUUUCCAGAAGGGUGGUCCCUAUCAUGAUCUCCUGCAUAGUGUUUUAGGAGCAUAUACAUGUUACAGACCAGAUGUGGGAUAUGUACAAGGGAUGUCCUUCAUUGCUGCUGUGCUCAUUCUCAAUCUGGAAGAGGCAGAUGCUUUCAUUGCCUUUGCUAACCUUCUAAACAAGCCAUGCCAGCUGGCCUUUUUCCGUGUGGAUCACAGCAUGAUGCUGAAGUACUUUGCAGCCUUUGAAGUAUUCUUUGAAGAAAAUCUUCCCAAAUUGUUUCUUCAUUUCAAAUCAUACAGUCUCACUCCAGACAUAUAUUUGAUAGACUGGAUUUUUACGCUCUACAGCAAGUCAUUGCCACUUGAUCUGGCCUGUCGUGUCUGGGAUGUUUUCUGUAGAGAUGGGGAAGAAUUUUUGUUUAGGACGGGGUUAGGAAUCCUUCGGUUAUAUGAAGAUAUUCUCCUACAGAUGGACUUUAUUCAUAUAGCACAGUUUCUAACAAAACUUCCAGAAGAUAUUACAUCAGAAAAACUUUUUAGUUGUAUUGCAGCUAUUCAGAUGCAGAAUAGUAACAAAAAAUGGGCACAGGUGUUUGCCUCGCUUAUGAAGGACAACAAAGAAGGGGACAAGAACCACAGCCCAGCACUGAAAAGCUAAUCAUUGUAACGUUGAGGUCAAUUGAAAAUGUGGAAAACCACUUGAUGACGAAGGACUUCUCACAUCACUUCUAUGUGGAAAAUCACUGUAGAAAGUGUGAAAAGUGAGAGAAAAAUGAUACAGCUCUCAGUGGAGUAAUGAACUGAUGAAAUCUUCGCCCUUUUGUCAGUAUUAGCUUUUUUGAUGGGAAGAUUUGUUUUCACACAGAAUACUAAAACCUAUGAAACUGAGAAGUAGGGGAGUUCAUAUUUAAUACUUUAAAAGAAUCAGCUCAAUGCAAUAAACAUUUCUAGUAACUUCUGUUGGUACUUUAAAAAAAAAAAUUUUUGAGGCAUAACUUUUUUUUACAAAUACCACAAAGGCACUUUUUUGGGGGGGAUGAGGGAAAUGCUGAAUCUGAAAGGCUCCAAAACUGCUAUCCAAACCAAAUGCUUUGGUACAAAUAUUACCUCCAAAACGAACCGUUUAAAAGUAUUAAGGACCAAAUAAGGUUGUUUGGUAUGUUUAUGUGCAAGAUGGUUACGAUUUUGAGAAGGGGUAUUGUCUUACUUACUGGUUUUUUUUUUGUUUUUUUGGUUUUUUAAGUUGCAGCUUCAUUCUUCAGUCUGGGCAAAUGUAAUUAACUCAGGAACCGUAGAAGUAUUGUGCCCAAGCCUGUUAGAGCAAAAAUCAUGCGAACUUUAAACAGUGGUAAGACCAGGGCUAUUAUUUUCAGAUGUACGGCUUUCAAAAUGAGUGGUGUUAAGCAUUUGUUUUGGUGUACUGGUUGUGCAGCUUCUUAAAAAUGGGGUGGGUAUUCUGUGAAAGGGUUUUGCCACCAGCAGUUUUAUUUUGUUGAGCCAUUGUUGGCUAAGAUACACUAGUAUGUAAUGGUAAACACUACAAGCUGAUGAACUAUCUGCAGAAUUUGUGUUGGUUUUUAACACUUGAGAGUCAUGGAGACACUUCAGAAUAAUGCAGAGUAUUUCUUGAAACUCUCUUAUUAGCGUGCAAUACCGAAAGCUGAAAGGCAUAUGGUUUAGAGAUUCUUAAUUCUUUAACAUCGCUUAGCUGUGAGAAAUGAGGUCAUGCUGUACAUGUCACAGUGGCUGUUUUCAAUGCUUUCUACUCUUGAAGAUACUGUACAACAACUUCAUGUUUUUGGGGGUUAGAAAUAUAAAAUGGAUAGCACUGCAGGUGAGGAGCACUUGCACUCUUUGGUCCAUUUUUUGCUAAUAUUUACUGUAAAUAAAUUCCUUACAUGUGGGUUUUUGUAACUGGUCCCUCUGUGGAAAUCAAGUCCAAAUUACCAUUAUUAUGUAUUUUUAAGUGCGGGAGGCUCUCGGUUGUCUGGUGUUUAAAGCAGAGUCUGCAUAAUUGGGGUGAAGAUUUAGUGUGGUGUAAUUACAUUGCUAUCUGGUUUAAAACUACGUAUAUACUAUUCAUAACAUUACAAUUUGAAAUCUAAAUGUCAGAUUUUUUCUUAACUUAUGUAUUCACUACUUUAAUCGGAUCCAAUUUGUCUUAUAUUUUUGCGUUAUCUUGUACAGUUUUCUUACUUUUCAAGUAUAAAUCUGUAUAUAACUGUAAAUAGAAGGGACGAAGCCUUCCUUUAAGACCACUAGUAACAAUUCCUGUGUAAAUAAAACUUACAGCAGAAAUGCA